CUUCUGCGAUAGAAAUAGAAAGUUUAAUCGCUAUUACCCAUUCUGUGCCAUUACCUAAAUUCCUAAUGUCGGAGUUGAACCGGGACGCUACCACCGGACUGCAUUCUGAAACUGCAUCAUUCUGCUCUUGAAAAGGAAGGUGUUUGCUACGAAUGUGGCUCAGUAGCAGCAUGUUGUGCAGUGUUCACAUUCCGGACCAUUGUGAGGUUGUAAGUAAACUAGUUAUCAUAAUGCGAAGAAAUAGGAAUUCUUGACCCGCUGAGAAAACUAUUCUAUGAACCUACAGAAAAGAAAAUGCCUGUUGUGCAAGAUGCCGUUGCUAGUCCAGCAUCGCCGCCCUCAGUGGAAAGCGACGUGCCAUUUGAAGCAGACCGAAUCAAUGCGCCCCUGAAGCAAAUAUUCAGUGAGAGUGCUAGCGAGCAGAAAUCAGCAUGCGACAGCAUUCUGGCACUUUUGAACACGGCGUGGUCGACUCCGGUGGUGGGCAGGGACCUAGCGUAUUCGCUGUGUGAUAGGAUUCGCGAGGCGAAAGGUAUCGAACGGCUCGUGGCGUUAUGCACGUGUUGCAAUGUUAGCGUGCGUCUGGCAAGUGUGGGAGCGCUGGAGCAAUGCCUUACGCCCGCUAACCGGCACCUGCUUGUGCGCCUUGAGCUGGAUCAGUUCAUUAGCACUGUGCGAUGCUGGAAGGGUGACACCAAGGAUGAAGACUUCCCAUUGGUGAAAGCCUGCCUGGGAGUCAUGGAAUCACUGUUCAAGCAGUCGUCGUAUACGUGCAAUCGGCUUAUUGAUAUCGGUGCUUUGGACGCUAUCCUAUACACAUGCCGAAGUCCAGAUGAACGCAUCCAGCGUCAUUGUGCUGCGGCACUAGCUAACUGCGGGAUGUAUGGAACGGCUCAGACGCAGCGCAACAUGAUACAGCGCGACACAGCCGAGUGGUUGUUUCGCCUGGCGUUCAGUGGCGACGCCUCGGUGCAGUACUAUGCCUGCCUAGCAAUCAGCAUCCUGGCCUCUAACCCGGACAUCGAAGAGCUGAUACGUCCCAGCGGAACGCUGGACCUGAUCGCCCCGUUCGUCAUGUCCCACGACCCGGGGGAGUUUGUCCGCAGCGACCCGGCCCAUUGUCAGGGUCGGUCGGCUGACUGGCUGCGCCGACUGGUACCCGUUGUCAAGGGCAACAGCAAGCCAGCGCAGUGCCUGGCCGCAUUUCAUUUUGCCAUGGAAGCCAGUAUCAAGAAAGAACAAGGAAAUGUGCAGGUGUUUCAAGAGAUCGGUGCCAUUGCACCGCUGCAGAACGUGGCUAUGCGCGGCACCAGACUCAGUCGACAACUUGCCAAGUCCGCACUGCUGCUUAUGGGUCACGAGCUGCCGAAGCACAUGAGCUUAGAGCUGCUAACGUGGAAAGUCGAUGAUAUCGGUGCCUGGCUGAAGGACAUUGGGCUGGAGACGUACGCGCAGAGGUUCGCCGAGUCUGUCAUCGACGGCGAGUUGCUGUCCUCACUGACCGACGAGGAUAUCAAAGAAGAAUUAAAGAUCACCAAUCGUCUGCAUCGUCGUAAGCUUUUGAGAGAAAUUGUUCGUCUUCGCUCCUUCGCUGACUAUGACAGUCAAGACACGGAUGGUAUUGGACAAUGGCUGUGUGAUGUUGGAAAGGAGCUGGCUCGGUAUCGUGGGGCAUUUCUGGAGAGUGGCGUGACAAAGUCAUUGCUACCCUACCUGACAGAGGAGGAUCUGCAGGUAUCCAUUGGCAUACAGAAUGCCAUUCAUCGCAAGAAAGUCCUGCUGGCUAUUCUGCAGCAAACCAUCACUGCUGCCGGUGCUGCUGGUCCUGCUAGCAGAGGUAGAGUGAAUGAAAGCACAACCACUGCUGCUGCUGCAGCUGCGGCUGCUACUGCACAUGCACCUCAGACACUAAUGGACUCACUGCAAUCUGAACAGAUGCUGUCUCUGGGCAUGGGUGAGACGAUGAUGGACACGAUGGCCGCCGCCAGCUUCGGAGACGAGCAACCAACGUCGAUUGGCAUCGAGGAGAUUCCCAUCACUCGUUCCUACCCGGAGUCCUCUCCCCCUGGUGGUCCUCCACACAAACUACUCUACCCCGCAGCAGUGCCCUCACCAUUGCCGGGUCCAGCGCCGGGGACGACGUCGCCGGCGACGUCAUCAGAACCACUCGACGUGUUCAUCAGCUACAGAAGAGCAACUGGCUCCCAGCUAGCCAGUCUCUUGAAGGUCCAUCUUCGUUUAAAGUUGCGCCAUCUGAACGUGUUCCUUGAUGUCGAUGAGCUAGGUGCUGGCAAGUUUGACGAGGCUCUUCUUGAUCACAUUGCCACGGCUAGGAACUUUCUUCUAGUGCUGUCCCCGCAGUCCCUAGACCGCUGUAUUGGUGACCAUUACAUGCAGGAUUGGGUACACAAGGAGGUCAACAAAGCCGUAGUUAGCCAGCGUAACAUUAUCCCCGUUAUCGACGAAAGCUUCGAAUGGCCGGACGUGAACAAACUACCGG